UGUCUCGCGCCCUGCUGCCUUCUGCAAAUCGCUACUGCACCCAGUUAAGCCACGGCCACGCACAUAUUUGUUAGAUACAUCACAGCACGAGACAAAGAGUUGAGGCGAUGUCUACAACUAUGCUCCGUUCUUCUCGUGCUUUCACCGGCUGCCCCCGCCUCGCGCGGAGGGCUCAGGCUACUCGCGUGCGCGUCGCAUCGCAGCAGCGUCCCUGCAGCGCAGAGUGCUCGACGUCGGGCUCAUCGGACAACCUCUGGUGGCGCACCCUUGCGUCCAUCGACGCUCAAAAGGCACAGCCAGUCGCAGCAGUUGCGCUGCUGAUGCUAGGGAUGGCCGCGGGCGCUGACCCGGCCAGCGCCACGGACCUGGCGAUGGCCGAUGCCCACUCCCACGCGCAACCCAUCGCGGAGCUGGCCGAGCAGGACCUGCUCAGCAACCUGGCCCGCUACGGCCGCUACUUCGUGACUGUGAUGCUUGGGACGGGCUACGUGAUGCUGCGGCCGCUGCAGGCCAUGUUCAAGAAGCCGCUGACGGCGGUGUUCGGUCUGGUGGCGCUGGGCGCGCUGCUGUACGGCACGCGCGUGGCGCUGGAGCUGAUGCUGGGGUUGGACAACUCCUUCUCCUACGACGGGGACAACUUCCGCAUCGUUACCGACUACACGCAGUAGAGCGAUAGAGCUUUAUAGCGCGGGCGAUGCAGGAGGCCUGUGGCGGAGCCCAUGCCUGCGCGGCGUGGCAAGCGGCCAGCGCGCCCGCGCCUUUGCAGUGAGCCGGGUACAGUUUUGACUCCGUGCUUUCGAGUGAGUGUGCAGUGAGCUGGAAUGCUUAAUGAGAGUUAUCGCAAACUCUGUAUGGUGAUGGGAUCACAACUCUGUAUGGUGAUGGGAUCACAACGGCGCCCCAGCACGGGGCAUGGGGACCAGAUGCGAAUGGAUGUACGGUAUGCAAGCCACGACACAUGCAGCGGUGUCGAGUGUUGUUGCAGCUUCGGUCGACUGCAAACGGUCAAAGUGACUGGUGUAGGCUGUUGGGCUGCGCUCGUAGGCGUUGGCAGGAUUGCCUAUCGAAGAUAGAGGUGAGCAUAUGGAAGAAUCAAUGUAAACCGGCGGUGUC